GUUUUAUCAGACCUGCAACUUCUUGGAGCUGCGGAGCUUUUCUGGAUCUUAUUUUUUUUUUUUCCAGUGCUCAAGGCACAUUGGCUCUAGGUUUGGUUUUUAUGGUUAUGCUCGGUUGGUGAAAGACAAACGCCGCUCGGCUGCCAAAUCCCCCACAAUACGGCCUUUCUCAUGGGCAGGGAGCCGCCGGGGGAGGAACGUGCUGCUAUAAAUAGGGGCUCCCUGGCCCUGCAUGGGGAACACCAAGCUCUGCUGCUCACCUGGGGGACACCGAGCACUGGGGCUUUGCUCCGGCCCCUGGCGGGCUGUGCCAGCCCCCUCCCCGCUGCUGUUUGCCUCCGUGCACCAGUGGCCAGGGCAGCCUGACCUGGGGCGCAGGCACCCGUGGGGACGCUGGUCCCCAUGCCAGCACCCAUGCAGGUCCGGAGCCAGCGCUGAGCGCAGGAGGCAUGGGCAGCGCCGGCCCCGGGCUCACCGCUCUGCCCCCCGGCCGCCUCGCCCGGCCCGACGCUGCCCCCCUGCCGCCCCCCUGGGACCCCAGCGCCCGCUCCUGGGGCUGCCCGGACAGCCCCAGCCCCCCCAGCACCCCCGAGCAGCCUCUGCCUGCCUUCUGCCUCCACUACUUCGACAUGCUCUACUCCGAGGACAUCGCCUGGGCUUCCAAGGGCGUGGGGGAACCGUCCCAGAGCGGUGCCCCCGGGGGGCGAGGCGAGGCGCAGAAGGAGCCGGAGCAGUGCCCCGUCAUCGACAGCCAGGGUUUGGGGCUGGGGGCCGAGGGGGACCUGCAGGGCGGCCUCCCCUUGGAGGAGCACUCGCUGGAGCAGAUGCAGAGCAUGGUGGUGGGCGAAGUGCUGAAGGACAUCGAGACGGCCUGCAAGCUCCUCAACAUCGCCGCAGACCCUGCGGACUGGAGCCCCGGCAAUGUCCAGAAGUGGAUCCUGUGGACGGAGCACCAGUACCGGCUGCCGCAGAUCGGGAAGUCCUUCCAGGAGCUGUCGGGGAAGGAUCUGUGCGCCAUGUCUGAGGAGCAGUUCUGCCAGCGCUCGCCCGUCUGCGGCGACGUCCUCCACGCUCACCUCGACAUCUGGAAGUCCGCCGCGUGGAUGAAGGAAAAAGCCGCCCCGGGGGACGUCAGGUACUGCGGGGGUGAUGCCGGCUGGGCGGACAGCGAGGUGGACUCGUCCUGCGCCGGCCAGCCCAUCCACCUCUGGCAGUUCCUCAAGGAGCUGCUGCUGAAACCCCACAACUACGGGCGCUUCAUCCGCUGGCUCAACAAGGAGAAAGGCAUCUUCAAGAUCGAGGACUCGGCGCAAGUGGCUCGUCUGUGGGGCAUCCGUAAGAACCGCCCGGCCAUGAACUACGACAAGCUGAGCCGCUCCAUCCGGCAGUAUUACAAGAAGGGCAUCAUCCGGAAACCCGACAUCUCCCAGCGCCUCGUCUACCAGUUCGUCCACCCGGUCUGAGCGGCGCAGGAGGGACAGGGGACCCCCGCCGCCUCCCUCUGCCUCCCCAGCCUCACGAACCAGCAGCCAGCACUUAAGGACCGGGGCUGGGGUACCGGGAGGCUCAACCCCGCCAGCCACGGACCGCAGGGACCCCCCCCGUGCCCAGACCCCAGCCUUGGAGCGGGGACGAGCCUCCGGCUCCGAGACCACCCCUGGCGUGCCCGGCUCCGGGGCCAGGACCCUGCACGGAGCCUUGGUGUCCUGCGAGCGCUCCUGGCUGUGGAUUUUGGGGCCAGCGGAGGAGACAGGGGCAUGACCGGGACAAAAUAAGGGCUGAUGUGUUUGUUGAUGGGGUGAGGGCUGCCCGAAGCCUUGGUGCCUUUCAGCAGGGAUCAGGGUGGGUGUGUGGACACCCCGGUGUCCUGCCUGCGGGUGUCUUGUUGUCCCCACGCGCCAUCCUCCCUCCUCUGCAGCCUUGGGCAUCAACAGGACACGGGGCCAAGAGCAGCCCCCAGCAGGAGACCCCAAAAUCCCCAUGGCAUCGCUUGUCCCAGCACGGGGAACCACCAGGACCACGCUCCCCUGCAGCCAAACCCUGUCCCCAUGCCACCACCGGGCCAGGCUGUAGGACCUGUCCCCUUUGGCCCUGGUGACCCCAUGCGCUGCAGCAGGGCUGCUCCGGAUUCAGCCCCAAACCCAGCUC